AUGUCUUAUCAGCUUCCACCUAUCGUGCAGGAAAAAAUCAUAAUUGUUAUGACUCAAAGUCGAGCGCGAAGAGAACAGUUUAGAUUUGUAUCAACAGAUUCUAAAGCAGAUAUCAGAGAAGAGCUCGAAAAAGCAUUCGAUUUGGACAGAUUCUCUUUGCAAGACCCCAACGGUAACAUUAUUACGGGCACCUUUGAUUCCCUUGCAAACGAAAAUAGUUAUACUAUUGUGGAUCGUACGAGAAUAUUCACACCGGUUAGUGCCUCUAUUGGACAAUUAAAUGCUUUUGCGGAGACUGAAACUUCAUCCCAACCCGUAAAAAGAGAGAUUGAGGAUGAAGCUGAUCCUCAACAGGGGAAAAGAAAACCGUCCUGGAUGCGCAUGUUCCAACAAAAACAAAAGAGAGCUAGAACAUCCAGUACUACUACAUCUGCCGCAUCAGAGUUUUCAAAUCCCUCCAGGUCUAACACAUCAAACAGUGCCAACUCGGAACAGAGAAGGGUCAGUAUGACAACAUCGCCUGCGAGCACCUUCACAAAGAUUGACCCUCAGGCAGAUCAGGCUAGUACGUCAAUACAGCCGCAGAUAGAGAGUAGCGGUGGCGGUGGCGGUGGCAAGGCUUCUUCAAAAUUAUCAAGACCGCAACAUGUAUGCGAUAGAUGCAGAAAGUCGAAGAAGAAGUGCAAUCGCGAGAGGCCGUGCGAACGAUGCACCAAAGCACGCGUCGAUUGCACUUAUCCAGAGCAAUUUUCCUAA